UGUUACAUUCAUGAAUUGCAAGGGACUGAUGGAUGACCCCCGACCUCUAGCAGUUGAAAGCUUUUCUACCAGUUGGCUUUUGAAUGUGAAGCAGUCCUAUGAUGCCACAUCCAAAGUGAUGGAUUAUAAGAUUGUUAAACCUUCAAGGUUACUGGAUGAAACCCAAAGCUUCAAAUUCAACACUUCAAUCCAUCCAUCCGUUCUUUUAUCCCAUGCUGAUGAACUUUUUUUUGAUGGCUCUGUCAGACCAGUUAAUAUAAACCACAUAACAGGAGCCUCCAAUACAUCUGAUUUUGUUCCAGUUGAGCUCAAUUCUUCACUCUCUUCUUUAACUUCUAGUCCAGCCAUAGAAAACAGAUGUCAUUCUGGAAGAUGGAGAAAAACAUUAUGUAUGUUACAGAAGUCUUUAGGAUGUCUCAGUCCCAUAUGCCAUAAAGUAGACCCAGCUGAAGUUAACUUGGAUGAUGACAUUAAACAAAAAUCCAGUGAUGUUAGGAGUCAACGCCAAUCCCCACGAGUAUCUCCACAAAGCAACAUUGGCCCCUCAUCAGGUGAUUGGUGCCAUCUAGAGAACUCAAUUUAUGAAGCAAUACUUCACUGCAAAAAAUCAAUAGGGAAUGAUAUCUCGGACCAAAAUUAAAGGGCAAUGGAUUGAUGAAGUACCAGACUUCUGGAAUGGUUCCAGCAUGGCAACGUGUUCUUUGUCCUCUUUUUCUCUGGCAGUAUCCCUUUUCACUUAAUUUUCUAAGGAGAAGUUAUAUUUUGUCAGUCCUUUGAGAAUGAACGACAUGUAUAGGAUCUUGGAUGUGUUUGUAAGGGAAGUAUCUCAUGCAUCCUUGAGAGUGAUGUAACUAGGAUGCUACCUUGUCUUGUUUGAUAUGCUGUGUACCGUAGAGUGAGAGAAACAAGUUAUUGUUCAAGAAAAAACAGGGCGUCUGUUUUAUACGGAAUAGGAAUGCUCGUUUCUAUUCAAUGUUGUGCGUUUUCAGAUAUACACAUUCAAGUUUUCUGACAGCUAUGGAAAAUUCUAUAUUUACUUUA